CUCCUCCGCGGCCGUUGCGGGCCCGCCGCCAUGACCCAGGCCGAGCUGCGGCUCUGCUCGCUCCUGCUGCAGGAGCACUUCGGGGACAUCGUGGAGAAAGUGGGGAGCUCGCUGCUGCGGACCGGGCCGCGGCCGCUGCGGCUGCUGCUGGGGGACACGGGGCUGCUCCCGGACCAGGUGAAGAAGGCGCUGUGUGUCCUGAUCCAGCACGGCCUGGCGCGUUUCCAGGCGCAGCCGCGCGGCCCCGUGGAGUACGAGGCGCAGGGCCCGCGCGUGCUGCGCCUGCUGCGCCACCCGCGCUACAUCUACACGGCCAAGGCGCUCUACGGGGACCCGGGCGAGCUGCUGGUGGAGGAGCUGCUGCUGCACGGCUGCCUGCCCAUGAGCUGCGCCGUGGCCAGGGUGGCUGACCGCCUCACCGACACCAUGGAAGACGGGAAGACCAUGGAUUACGCGGAGGUGUCCAACACCUUCGUGCGCCUGGCAGACACGCACUUCAUCCAGAGGUGCCCCGCGGCCCCCGAGGUGCCCCAGAACGCCAAGGUGCCCCCGGCCCCGGCCCUGGCCAUCGCUGACAAGGACAUGUACGUGGUGCCACGCAUCAGCCUCGCGGGGAAAGGGAAGAGGCGACACUCGUGCGACGAGGAAGAGGAGGGAGAGCACAAAGCCAAAAGGCAGAAGCAGGAGGGAGGAAGCUCCGAGGCUCCCCCAGAUGAUGGCAUUUACUGGCAGGUGAACCUGGAGCGUUUCCACCAGCACUUCCGUGACCAGGCCCUGGUCAGCGCCGUGGCCAGCCGCAUGGACCAGACCAGCAGCGAGGUGGUGCGGACGAUGCUGCGCAUGAGCGAGGUGACCACGGCCUCGGGGGCCCCCCACACGCAGCCCCUCUCCUCCAACGAGAUUUUCAGGUCUCUUCCAGCCGGGUACAACAUCGGGAAGCAGGUGCUGGACCAGUACCUGGCGCUGCUGGCCGAUGACCCGUUGGAGUUUGUGGGGAAGUCGGGGGACAGUGGAGGGGGCACCUACACUGUCAACCUGCACAAGGCCCUGGUGUCCCUGGCCACGGCCACGCUGGAGUCCAUCGUGGAGGAGAGGUUUGGCUCCCGCUGUGCCCGGAUCUUCCGGCUGCUCCUGCGCAAGAAGCACCUGGAGCAGAAGCAGGUGGAGGACUUUGCCAUGAUCCCAGCCAAGGAGGCCAAGGACAUGCUCUACAGGCUGCUCUCGGAGAACCUGGUCACCUUGCAGGAGAUCCCCAAGACUCCAGACCACGCUCCGUCGCGCACCUUUUACCUGUACACGGUGAACACGCUGGCUGCUGCUCGGAUGCUGCUGCACAGGUGCUACAAGAGCGUGGCCAACCUGAUGGAGCGGAGGCAGCACGAGAUGCGCGAGAACAAGAGGCUCCUGGAGAAGUCCCAGCGUGUGGAGGCCAUCCUGGCCUCCAUGCAGGCCACGGGCGCCGAGGCGGCGCAGCUGCACGAGGUGGAGGAGAUGAUCACGGGGCCCGAGAGGCAGCAGCUGGAGAACCUGAAACGCAACGUCAACAAGAUCGACGCCAGUGAGAACCAGGUGGAUGAGACCAUCUUUGUGCUGGAGUCGUUCAUCGAGAGCACCAUGAGGAGGCCGUGAGAGGAGAGGAGCAAGGACAUGGGGACAUGGACAGCAGGAGGGACAGGGACAGGGAUGGGGACAGGGGACAGGG